AUGCCAGAGAUAAGAACCUCGAAGAGGAAAGAGGACACGAAUGCCUGUGCAACCCUUAUGACGUGUAACCUUCAGAAAGAAACUGCACCGAAACAGAACAACACACCAGGAGUGUGGAGACUUGAUCCGAAACGGUAUUCCAGUUGGACGCGUUUGGUUCGAGUACACGCGAGAGUGAGAAGAGUAUUACACAACAUGCGCAACAGAGACAACAGGAAUGCAAGUAUGGAACUGUUGCCCGAAGAAAUAAAGGAUGCUGAAGAGGAAAUAGUGCGCUUAGCACAGCGCGAAGCUUUCCGUGAUGAGUACGCCGCUUUGAGCUUAGGGAAACCAAUACCAAAGAAAAGCCAGUUGAUAACGCUUAACCCUUGCAUCGACGAUGAUGGAGUUAUCCGGAGUGAUGGUCGAUUAAAGUUCGCAGAUUUUCUCCAAUAUGAUACUAAAUUUCCCAUCAUUUUGCCUCGUGGACACUGGGUGACGAAACUUAUCAUGAAGAACUAUCACGAGAGAGGAAACCAUGCUGCCGGAGUAAACUUCAUUCUUUGUCAGUUGAGUGAGAGAUUUUGGAUCAUCGCCGCACGAGAGGAGAUUCGCGAGUGGGAUCACGAAUGUAAUGAAUGUAAGAGAAGACGAAGCAAGCCAGCUUGUCAGAUUAUGGCGCCACUCCCGAAAACGAGACCCCGUUUCAGCUUCAGACCCUUCGCCCAAACAGCCGCAGAUUUUGCUGGUCCUUUGUACACUCUUCAGGGACGCGGAAAACACGACAGAAGAGGUGGCUGUGCCUUUUUACUUGCCUGGAAACUCUAA